CAAGGGAUCAUCCAAUGGCUUCCUCUUCUUCCUCUGCUCCCGCCGUGUGGGACUCGGCCACGCAGACAUUCCAUGGUGGACAGGACUGGAAGUUCCUGUCCAACUUCGCUGAGGACUUUAGCGUGACCACUAACGCGCUGGGUACGCCCAAGAAGGCGCUGGAGACGGCGACGCAGGCGAUGAGCACUGUGCACCACUACCCGCCCGCCGACUUCCAGCCUGCUAUCAGUCACUUGGCUGAGUUCCUAUGGCCUGAGAACUGGCAGCAGAACCUGCCUUUGCUACUUAUGGGCAACGGAGCCAGUGAACUCAUCGAUCUGGUGAUCCGCAGCGUGCAGCCUGGCGGCUGGCGUCCUGGAGGCACAGUGACGCAGUACAAGGAGUACGAGCGCUCUAGCAAAGCUGACGGGCGCGAAACGCUCGCUUGGAAUGAUCCCAAGGCAGCGUUGACGUGUCUCGUGAACCCCACUAACCCCACGGGCGACUACAUGAAUGUAGACGAGAUGAAGAGCUACAUCGAGACCAACUGCCCCGACAACCACACUAUCAUCAUUGACGAGAGUAUGCAGCCGUGGGUGGGCCCUAAGUGGCGUGAGGACUCUCUCAUCCACCAGCGCGAGUGGGUCAAGCAGCUCAGCGAGACCCGCCGCAUCAACGUGUGGGUCAUGACCAGUUGGACUAAGAUCUGGUCUUGCACGGGUCUGCGUAUCGGCAGCGUCGUCGCUCCCACGCCUCAGCACGCUGCUGAGAUCAAACGCAAGCAAGUGCCGUGGUCCGUUAACUCCAUGGCGCUGGCCUUCGUGUCCGCUGUGGUCAAGGACGACGCGUACAUGCAGGAGACGUGGGAUGUUACGCCCAAGUGGCGCGCCCACGCCGUCGAGCAGCUGUCCAAGCGCUUCCCCACUUGGGAAUUCUUCGGUAAGCCCUUCCUGUCAUGGAUCUGGCUGGAUACCAAGUCGGUCGCCACGUCCGAAGAGGCCUGUAAGCUGGCAAAGGAGCACGGCGUGCCUGUGUGUAGCGGCAAGCCCGGCUACAACCUCCCAACGAUCGUGCGCAUCGCCGUCCGCAGCCCAGAGCAGACGGCAGUGCUGCUUAAGGCUUGGGAACCGCUUAAGUAACCUCUGCUGCUUGCUUCUCUAUGCAUGUGUGGCUAGAUACGAUAUCAAGAGUACACAACAUGCAGCUAGCUUUCUCAAUUGGACCCGCCCUCUCUCUGUUAAUAUGUUGUUCUUUUCACUCCCUGUCUGGCGACAUCCGAUGGUCCAAUCUCUUGAAUUUUCCCUCCCAACCGCGCACAACGUCCGUGUAUUUCUCGAUCAGGUCAUUCUUCUCCGCCAGCUCCGCCUCCAGGUUGAGAAUUUCCAGCUCCAGCUCGCUCUGUUGUUGGGUCCCGCCCAUAAUUUCUGCGUCUGCUCCCGAUUCGAGACGCAUGGAGGACAAAGUGUCUGCCAUAUCGUUCAAGAACAGCUGCUCAAGCUGCUUAGCGUGCAGGAAAAACUCUUCCAGACGCGCUUCGAUCUCCGCAGUGUCGGCCGCGUCGCGCACCGGAUUAAACCGGCAAUGCGGAGGAUACUGAACGGGCGGACAUACCAGCGACAGGCAGCUGGCAAACGCUGCAUUCAUCUCCGACAGCGCUGUCUCGCCCGCGGACGUCGAGACCAUCGCGCUUGCGUCCUCAUGUCCGUCU